CGGAGUCACAUGACUCUUUACAGUAAGUCCAACAUGGCAGACGGAGUGGAUCUUACGCGGUAACUAAAGCAACAUUUCAACCGAAACAGACAAAUUCAACACUACUCUGCAACAAGGCAUCCACAAUGAGGGAGAGACAGAAGAAAAAGAAGGGGAGGACGUGGGCGGAAGCCGCUAAAACGGUUUUGGAGAAAUACCCUAACACGCCUAUGAGCCAUAAAGAGAUCUUGCAGGUGAUCCAAAGAGAAAGGCUUAAAGAAAUAAGUGGAACCUCGCCGCUGGCAUGUCUGAAUGCAAUGCUGCACACAAACUCUCGUGGCGAGGAGGGGAUCUUCUACAAAGUUCCAGGCAGAAUGGGAGUCUAUACAUUAAAGAAGGACAUCUCAGAUGUGGCAAAGGAGCUGUCUGAGGAGGGCUCUGAGGAGAGUAGUGACAAUCUCUCUGACUCCCGAAGCACAGAAAACAACAGCAAUGCCAUCACUCAAGAGGGGAGGAGAGGAAGGUGGAUGCGGAGAGUUCCCUCCAAGCUGCAGUCGCAGCCGUCGUCUCCGCAGCCUCGAUGUUCGUCGCCUUCUGUUCCCACCAGUAAGCUCAUCUCUCCCUCGCAGAAACACAGCAAGAAAGCUUUGAAACAGGCCUUAAAGCAGCAGCAGCAGAGAAACCAGCGCAGACAGGGGGGGAUGCCAACCACCUCCAGUCCCAGACUGCUUCUGAAAACCAUCAAAGAUAUGGCUGACAACAUUACUACAAAGACUGACUUAUGCCAUCAAGUCGUACCCAGGAAAGUCUCCCAGAGGGCAGGUCGCCUUAGUGCAGGGCAGAUAAAACGGACAAAGUGUAAAAUAGAUGUGGAGACUCCAGACUCUAUUUUGGUGAACACCAACCUGCGGGCCAUCAUCAACAAGCACACCUUCUCAGUCCUGCCCCCAGACUGCCAGCAGAGGCUGCUCAAACUUCUGCCAGAAGUUGACCGGCAGGCUUGCAUGGACGGCCUUCUCAAGGUCACUAGUUCUGCCUUAAACAAUGAGUUCUUCACAUCAGCAGCACAAUCUUGGAAAGAGAGACUGGCUGAGGGGGAGUUCACUCCUGAGUUGCAGCUACGAAUGCGUCAAGAAGUUGAGAAGGAAAAGAAAGUUGAGCACUGGAAGGAGGCCUUCUUUGAAAACUACUAUGGUGAAAAUUCUGGGCUCAGCUAUGAGGAAUCCAAAGAGCUGACAAAGACUGAUCAGAAUCAGGAGUCUGUCAGGCCCCAGUCUCCCCGUCAUCAGACAGGACCUGCCGCUCAAGCACCAGAGGAAACCAAGGGCACAAAAGACAGCAGACAAACUGAUGCCGCUGCUAAAGACAUGAAGCCAACGCAGACAUCAUCGCAGGAGCCGCUGAAGGCACCGCCUGCUCAAAAAGAGCCAGUCUCCACCACAGAGCCCAUGAAGACGCGGCGCUCGCAGUACCAUGAGGAUCGCAAGUUGAACACAGUGGUACAGACUGAGCCAACACCUGCAGUGAGAGCACCAGAGGUGGAGAGGCGGAUUGAACGAGGUGCAGCAGGUUCACUGCCUGAUAAGGAGCAUAAAGAGGAAUUGAAGGAGGAAAAAACUGAACUCCCCCAGUCGCCUGUGAAGAAGAGCCCUCCACCAAAGGCUAGUUCAGAGUUAAAAGAGGAUCAGACCACGUCUGUGGUUAAGCCUGCUGAGGAGAGCGAAGAGGUCAUCUCUGAGCCUGGUGGCCCCUCAGAGCCUCUGAAAAGAAAAUCUCUCAGUGAGAUGGAGGGUGAAUUGACACCAGAGAAGAGGCCCCGUAUGUCCUCAGUUUCCUCAGUGUCUUCAGUCUCUUCCGUGUCUCCCCCAGCAUCAUCCAUAUCCAGCCCUGCUACACCAACGCCAACGACAAAUCAGAGGGUUCCACCACUCAAGAUCCCAGUGUCACGAAUUCUUCCCAUUCCUGUGUCACCCAGCCAAGUCUCACCCAGGACUCCUCUCCCCACCCCGCUGAGCAGCCCGGGCCGCACUGGUGCUCGUACUUUGGCUGACAUCAAAGCCAAAGCUCAGCUCGCCCGAGCACAGCGAGCAGCGGCUGCUGCGGUAUCAUCUGCAUCUAAAGGAGCAGUGCCGGGCCCGGGGCCAGGAGGAGGCAGUGGUGAGCUGACACAACCAUCACCUAGCCCCAGCCCAACAUCCCCACAGGCAUCAAUCAGGUUAGCAGCCACCAGCAGCAGCAGCACUCAGAGUAGUACAACUCCUUCUCACCCACUCGACUCCUUUGGUCAGCUUAGCCCAAACGGUUCUCAGACAUCUUAUUCAAGCAAACCUGAUGGCAUGCAGAAAGGUCAUUCUGCGGGUCCUGUCGGUACAGGGCACCAUAGCAUUCUAAUGAGUUCAAACUCAGCACAAUCUUCAUCUGUGCACACUCACAUACAGGAAAACCCAUUUCUUAUUGGAUCAUCAACCAGGACCAGCUCCUGCAUCCCUGCUAACAACCCGCUGGUCACUCAGCUUCUGCAGGGCAAAGAGGUUCCGUUGGAGCAAAUCCUCCCAAAACCGCUGUCCAAAGUGGAAGUAAAGAUGUCAAACUUACCCUCUGGUAGUAAGGGGAAGGCGUCACACUCUGCUGAACAAAGGGUUGAUAAGCAGAUGUCGCACCAGUUCAAUACAGCAGGACGAGCUGGAGUCUUCCCAGAAUACUCGAGACAUCACAGAGAGCUUCCUGACAAGGAGACUCAGGAACAGAUCCUACAGGCUCUAAUGCAGAGGAAAGUCCAGCAGAGCCAGCCUUACGGUGGAUUGGGUCCUCAGCACCCUCAGUACAGAGGCCAUCAACUGGUGCGUGCAGAAGAGCAUCAGGACCAAUCCAGGAUUUGUGUAGGCUUUUUGGGUCGUAAGAGGAUGCCCAGACCCGCCAUGACAGGACAUUACCUGCUCAAUGUGUCCACAUACGGCCGAGGACCAGAAAGUAAAAGACUGCUCCAGUCUGCCAUCCCAAACACGUCUGUGUUUGGUUUAAAAAGGGAAAGCAUAGAAGGAGAAGACACAGCUAAAGAAGAAGAACCAACCAGGAAAGUUUUCUCUCCUGUUUCUGGGGUUAAAACAGAGCAGCAGAGAUACUCAUUAACCAAGUCUGAAGAAGCAGCGAGCUUUCAGCAUUGCUCCAAUGUAAAGACUGAGCCUGGAUUAGAGGACAGUGCAACUAGUUUCGAUAACAACAGCACCAGUGCGACAGCCAAAGACACCAGCUCUUUUUCUCAGUCACACCGAAGGCACCUCGAACCCUGCAAUAGUAAUCAAGGAAACUCCGAGCCAUAUCUUACCCCAGUGGACCCCAGUCACCAGCGGCCGCCUGCCUUUCAAACCCAGAGAACGCUCGGUAAUCAGGAACCUGUGGUAGCGUCAUGCUUCGGUGGCACUAUCAGCAUGUCCGUACCUCACACUUUGAACCAUAGCACUGCAGGCACCGGCUCUUCCACGUCAUCAUCAGAGGCUGACGGCGGCAGCGUCCACGGGAGCGUCAUGUCUUUCUCAGUGACCGUCACCACCAUACCUGCCGGUCACUCGUUAGACCACGGUAACCAGGGUGAGCCCUCGCCUGAACAGUCGUUCAUCGAGGGCUCCAACAUAGAGGACGUCCAGUCUAAAUGCUACUGCCGACUGAAGGCGAUGAUCAUGUGCAAAGGGUGUGGAGCCUUUUGCCAUGAUGACUGCAUCGGCCCCUCGAAACUGUGUGUCUCAUGUUUAGUGGUACGAUGAUAUGAAAUCAGAAUAACCAGAAGAUAUCGCGGUUUGAUCGGUAUUGAACCAAGGCACAAAGCAGAAGCAGGUCAUUCAGAAUCAGUGCGGAGUGGAGUGAAGCUUAUUAGCAAUGCUCCAGACAAAUCAGCAGCCUGCAUGUAUGUGCUCACUGUUGGAAAGGCAAGGAUUUACACUGGAUGGUCUUUUGUUUCACCAACGUCUAAGAAAAGUUGUUUUGUGCAAUUGUUUUGGUAGAAAUGUCAAUCAGUUUUCAAUCCGAUCAGUAGUCUGUCAGAUGUGUGACAAAUAUAAAAUCUGGCAAUGUUUGCACUCGGCUAGGAUUAGUGUUAUAUAUUUUUUAAAAUAUAUAUCUAUAUCUAUAUAGAUAUAGAUAUAGAUAUAUAUCUAUAUAUAUAUAUAUAUAUAUAUAUGUCUGUGUGAGAGUGUGAGUGUGUGUGAGUGUAGUUUUUAAAAACGGAGGGAAAAAUGAAUGUUGCUAUUUUUGUAGAACAUAAUGACUGUUGUGUUUUAGACUGACACUUUUUAUUAUUGGGCCUAAUCAGUCAUGGUUUAAAGGCAAAAAAAAGGGCGCUAAUGAUAAUCAUUGGUUGUAGAGUACCUCCUAUUUGGCAUUUAUGCACGCAUGGCAGGGAAGUGCAACUUACAGUAACCAUUUUAUAUAAAAACUGUACAUUUAUUACUGAACACACUCAGAUUUAAGAACUAGAAAAAAACAUGUAUAGUUUUAGAAAGAGAAUUUAAAAGGAAUUUUGAAUGAUACUUUAUAAAAAAUCAACUCGUGAGAAAUGCACAUCACAUCAUUUUUUUGACUAACAGUUACAGGGCGCAGCACUUGAAAACCACCUGGAGAUAAGGUAGUAACUGUGUACAGCACUUCAAACACAGGGAAAAGAAGAGUCAUUUAUAUGUAUAUAAAAAUGCCUAUAUGUUCCUAGAAAAUUGAGAUCUUUUCCAUUCCAGGGUAAGAUCUAAACAGAUUCCCACAGAUCUAACGAUCUAAAGAUCUGUCUGAACCUGAAUUUUCUCCCCAAAAAGCCGCUUUGUAAAUAUCGUCUCCCUUGGAAUGGGGUUUCUUGUGCUUGGGCAUCUGUAUAAAUAGAUCAGCAGUGGCAACGUAAAAGAAAGAAAAAAAACACUCAUGGCAGUGUGUUUUUUCACUGUAAAUAUUUGCUCUUAUAUGGUAUAUGCCUAGAUGUAGAAAAUUUAUUUUAUUUUAUUCAUGCAGCACACCUUGCUUGAGCAUAUCCAGCUCUUUAUUACAAAAUGAUUUUUACUGUGGAAAGACAAUAGAGAAAAACAGUAAAUUAGCUAAAAGCUAAAACGCUAAAUGCUUGAUCAUAUAAUGAUUAAGCGCAGCAUGAUUAAGAUUUGACAAACGAUUUGGAGGUACAAUAUGACACCGAUUAACAGGCAGGUGAAACACUUUUUAAAUGGCCUUUUUCCUCCAUAUUAAUGUGGUAUGAAGUUUUGUAAGCACAAAAUAAUACUGUAUCAUGUUUAUAUACUGUACAAUGAGUGUGUAUGUGAUGUACAAGGAUGAACCAGCACAUUUGUGUGUGUUGUUACAAGCUUGUAGGUGCUUUUAUGACGGUGUUGGCACAAUUUUAAUGCUUACUUUACCACAUAUUAACAUGCAAAAAGGCCAAUGUGAAGUGUUGCCUCAGUAGAUUUUUUCGGAUGCUCAUGCUGAAUGCAAAUAAAGACGCGUCAUUUCUAUUUUGAAAUCUCCUGGAGGUGCAGCGUUGGCCUGUUUUAUAGCAAUUAUCUCCAUGGUAAUAUGCCAAAGUCACCUUAAGAAAACAAAAUAAUCAGAACUUGUUUUUAAUGUCUGACUAGUUAAUCAAAGUAAUAUAUUUUAAUUAAUAUAUUUUAAUAUAAAAAAAUCUAUUUGCUAAUUGUUUUUGACCAAUCAACAGGGUAUUUACUAUAAUAAUGUAUUGGCUGUCCGUUUUUUCCUAUAAUUUUGUUCAGACUGGACAGACCACCAUACAGAGAAUAACUUGACUUUUGUAAUUCAAAUUGCCCAGGUAUCUGAUACUCUGUAUGGCCCAGGUUUUAAAACAAUCCAUUCAUUUAUAUUUUUCCAUAGAGAUGUUGUCUAAUGUGUGUAUCCUUCUAGCUGUCUACAUUUGUGUCAUUACCUUAUCAAAACAAAAAGAUGUUUUCAGAUCACCAAUUUUUCUUUUAGGUCUGUGGAUUAAUCCCAAGUCAAUUUUUUAAAUGUAUUUGUGAUUUAAAAAAAAAAAAAGAAAAAAAAAAGGGGGGGGGUGUCUUGUGGAAAAUUGGUUUUAAGAUUGUAGGGCUAGAAUCUGAAGCGGCUUCCACAUAUUUAGUAUAGUUGUUUCACUAAAACUGGUGUACUAGUAUUUGAUUCUGUUAACACAAAUUUGAUUUACCCCCCCACCCCAUAAACAUUUAGGUCUUUGAAUGUGAUUUUAGGAGGCUGAAUUUACUCACGUAGAGUCGGGGACUGGACUGCACCGCAAAAAAAAAGAAGAAAAAAAAGAAAGACAUUAACACAAACAUUCAAUCACAACCCAAAAGGCAGCUGAAAUCUUUGUUAAUGAGGACUGAAACAUGAGUCAGGCAGCAGUCCCCACUGUCACUGAAGUUACCUGUUGUGUGUGUGUGUGUGUGUGUGUGUGUGUGUGUGUGUGUGUGUGUGUGUGUGUGUGUGCAUUUAGAGGAACAGUUCAUAUAGAAUUGGCGAUGGGGAAAACUGUCAUGGGCGAUCACCACCAUUUUUAAAAUGUCACGGUUUGUCACUAGGUGAAUUUGUUUAAUAUGUCUGUGUCAUUUUGUCUCCAUUUAAACUCCGGGUGAAUGUAAUAUAGUAAUCAGCACUUGUAAACAAAGUGUAUUUUAUCAAAAGUUAUAGACUAUUAUGAAUAAAUAAUGAAAAGAAGUA